AAGACAAGACAAAUCAAAGGGUCGGAGGCAAAACAGCUCCCUGAGCUCUGAACGCCUUUCCCUCCCUCCUUCUUUUCCUCCCAUCCACUCACUCUCCCUCCCUUGUUCACAGUCCAGCCUCUGUCUAGGGAAGAGGCUUUCAAGCAGCCUUAGAUGAUUAUGGAUUUUCUGAGCGAGAAGUUUGCCCUGAAGAGCCAGCCGAGCAAGAACAGUGACUUCUACAUGGGAGCAGGAGGCACUUUGGAGCACGUUAUGGAAACUUUGGACAAUGAAUCCUUUUAUAGCAAAACGUCAGGCAGCAAAUGCGUACAGGCCUUCAAUCCUCUGCAAAGGGCUGAGCAUCAUGUGAGGCUGGAGAGGACAUCACCCUGCCAGGACAACGUGAACUACGGGAUUACUAAAGUGGAAGGACAGCCUCUUCACACAGAGCUGAGCAGGCCCAUGGACAAUUGCAACAAUCUUAGGAUGUCUCCAGUGAAAGGGAUGCAGGAGAAGGGGGACCUGGAUGAACUUGGUGAUAAGUGUGACAGCAAUGUCUCCAGUAGUAAGAAGAGAAGACACAGAACAACUUUCACCAGUUUGCAGCUGGAGGAACUGGAGAAAGUAUUCCAGAAAACUCACUACCCUGAUGUCUAUGUAAGAGAACAGCUAGCUCUGAGAACAGAGCUCACUGAGGCCAGAGUCCAGGUUUGGUUCCAGAAUCGAAGAGCAAAAUGGAGGAAAAGAGAACGCUAUGGUCAGAUCCAGCAAGCUAAGAGCCAUUUUGCUGCCACAUAUGAUAUAUCUGUUCUUCCAAGGACUGACAGCUACCCUCAGAUUCAGAACAAUCUGUGGGCAGGGAAUGCGGCUAGCGGUUCUGUGGUUACUUCCUGCAUGCUGCCACGAGAUACGUCCUCCUGUAUGACACCUUAUUCCCAUUCACCCCGGACAGAUUCUGGCUACACAGGCUUUUCAAACCACCAGAAUCAGUUCAGCCACGUGCCCCUCAAUAAUUUUUUCACUGACUCAUUACUUUCUGGGGCAACCAAUGGACAUGCAUUUGAAACCAAGCCAGAGUUUGAAAGGAGGUCCUCCAGCAUUGCAGUUCUACGGAUGAAAGCCAAAGAGCAUGCAGCCAAUAUUUCCUGGGCCAUGUAAUAUAGCAGUACCCUUUCUCAGUUUCUUUUUUUUGAUAGCAAACUAGAACCAUUUUUAUUUCCCAUAUUUAAAGGGAAAAAAAAUAAGCUGCUGUGUGUGGAAUGCUAGAAAUCACAAUAUACACGAUGUCUGCUUAAACAAAUGCAAUAUAAUAUUUAACAAUAAAACAAGAAUAAACCAAAUAGAUUUACCAUACGUCAAGCUCAACAAGCCCUCUUUGUUUUGGUUUUUAUAUGUAGGUAUGUUUUGUUGUACCAGUUGAUGAAAUAUGAUUAUAGAACCUGCAAAAAAGAAUAAAACUACUAAGCAAAUA